AAAACCAACAUGGCGGCUUCAACCAGACUAAUAUCAAGGUUGACACUGGUUACGGGAGGAGGCAGUGGGAUCGGACGAGCCGUGUGCCAGCGUUUCGCCUCUGAAGGUGCCUCUGUUGUGGUCGCUGACAUCAGCCCGGAUUCAGCCAGUGAAACCCUGGAGAAGCUGCAGACGGACCACAGAGGGCAGGGUCACAUGGCAGCUGAGGUGGACGUGGCAUCAAAGGAGAGUGUGAAGAGACUGAUCACAAAUGUACAGAGUCUAUAUUUCCAGCCUCCGUCGGUGUGUGUGAACGCAGCAGGAAUCACUCAGGACGACUUCCUGCUCAACAUGGAUGAGGAUCAGUUUGACCGAGUCAUCCAGAUCAACCUGAAGGGUUCCUUCUUGGUCACUCAGGCUGUUGCUCAGGCUCUGGUGGCUUGUGGAGCGCCCAAAGGAUCCGUCAUUACUGUGGGAAGCAUCGUGGGGAAGGUGGGGAACAUUGGGCAGGCCAAUUAUGCCGCCUCUAAAGCUGGAGUGGAGGGUUUAACCAGAAGUGCAGCUAAAGAGCUCAGCAGGUUUGGGAUUCGCUGUAACUGUGUGCUUCCUGGCUUCAUAUCGACUCCAAUGACAGAUAAAGUACCAGAGAAGGUUAUUAACAAGAUGAUGUCCUUAGUGCCUCUGGGCAGAAUGGGUGAACCUGCAGAGGUCGCAGAUGUCUGUGCGUUUCUAGCCUCAGAUGACUCCAGGUACAUCACAGGAGCCAGCCUCGAAGUGACAGGUGGGCUUUUCAUUGGCUGAAUCAGCCGUCCGUCAAAAUGAUGAAGAUCCUGCUGUUUAGGAGACUGUACAGUUAAUGUUCACAGAUGAUUAUGUUUUAUAAAUCUGUACAUUUGAAUUGUACAAAACUGCCUUUUGUGUUCAAUAAAAUCCUGUACUGUAGUCACA